UGUGAUCGGAAGCAAGAGAAAGAUAUAAGAGAGGAAUAAUUUUAUUAAACUAAGGAUGAGAGCAUUUAAUCAAUUCUAGCAAACCUUAAAUUAUAUACCUGCAAAGAGUUGCGCACCAGAAGUUUUUUUUAACCAACUUUCAUCACUUGGCGCCUGGCACCUUCGUUAACAUAAAUGAUAAAUCUCAGUUACUUCUGUUAGUCCUCUCUCUCUCUCUCUCUCUCUCUUUCCUUCACUCUCUUUCUCAGAUUCUGUCUAUUUUCAUAGACGAAAUGUGGGAUCAGUUUGACGAAUCAUGAGUUCCUCCUCUAGUGUUAAACUCCAUUUAUGGUGGAGAAUUCUUGUUAUUGUUGAGUUUCUUGUGGUUCAAGCUUUGGGGCUAAAUACAGAUGAAGCUCUCUUGCUUUCUUUCAAGUACUUGAUACUCAGUGAUCCUCUAAACGUGCUACGGAGCUGGAAGUCCAGCGACCAGACGCCCUGUUCUUGGAAUGGAGUAACUUGUGGAGCACCAGGCAACUCCAAUGACACCUCUCGUGUUACAGGCUUGUCUCUUCCAAACUGUCAGCUUCUUGGUUCAAUUCCAUCCAAUCUAGGCAUGAUUCAACACCUUGAAAAUCUUGAUCUAUCCAACAAUUCUCUCAACGGGUCUCUUCCUUUUUCUAUUUUCAACGCAACCCAGCUUCGGUUUCUUGAUUUGUCAAACAACUUGAUCACUGGUGUGAUACCAGAAACAAUAGGACGGUUAGUACACCUUCAAUCCCUUAACCUUUCUAACAAUGCAUUGGCGGGAACUUUACCUUCUACUCUCACUACUAUCCCGAAUCUAACUGUUGUUUCUUUAAAGAAAAAUCACUUUUCCGGAAAUCUUCCAACUGGGUUCCAAUCUGUUCAAGUUUUAGAUCUUUCUUCCAAUCUUCUCUCUGGGUCUUUGCCUCCAAACUUUGGAGGCAACAAUCUUAAGUACAUGAGCGUUUCUUACAACACGCUUUCCGGGGUAAUUCCACCAGAAUUCGCUGAGAAAAUUCCUGGUAACGCUACUAUUGAUCUUUCCUUCAAUAAUCUUACGGGAGAAAUCCCGGAUUCUGUUGUUUUUAGGAAUCAAGAAUCCAAAUCUUUUUCCGGAAAUCCUGGUCUGUGUGGUGAAGUAACCAGGCGUGAUUGUCCUAUUCCUUCUUCACCAUCAUCUUCUCCUAACGUCUCGUCACCAACUUCUUCUCCAGCGAUUGCUGCCAUCCCCAAGACAACGGAUUCCAACACGCCGGAAUCGUCUCCUCGAGCUAAAAAACCGGGACAAAGCAGGCUCAAACCAGGAACAAUAGUAGGAAUUAUAGUCGGAGAUAUAGCAGGAAUUGGAUUUGUCAUCAUGGUUUUCUUUUUCGUUUGCAAGUUAAAGAGGAAAAAGAGAGUUGAGACUACAACAAAGCAAGAAGCUAAGACAGCCAAAGACAAUUGGUCUAUGACAUCUUCAUCAUCAGAACCAGGAGGGUUUAGAAGAUGGUCAUGUUUGAGAAAGAGAGGAGAAUACGAGGAAGAAUCUGAUACCACUUCUGACACUGAAGAAGAUCAAAGCGGUAGCAAAAGUCAUGAUAAUCAAAGGCAGCAAGAGCAAGAACAUGACAGAAAAGGGACAUUGGUGACCGUUGAUGGGGAAAAGCAGCUCGUGCUUGAGACGUUGCUUAAAGCAUCAGCUUACAUUUUAGGUGCCACGGGGUCUAGUAUAAUGUACAAGGCAGUGCUUGAAGAUGGGAGCUCCUUGGCGGUUCGAAGGAUUGGUGAGAACAGUGUGGAUCGGUUUAGGGAUUUCGAGAACCAGGUUCGAGUCAUUGCUAAACUGGUGCACCCCAAUUUAGUCAGGAUUCGUGGGUUCUAUUGGGGAGUUGAUGAAAAGCUUAUUAUCUACGAUUUUGUACCAAAUGGCAGCCUCGCCAACGCUCGUUACAGAAAAGUUUGUUCUUCACCUUCUCAUCUUCCCUGGGAGGCUCGGCUAAAGAUUGCUAAAGGUGUGGCCCGUGGGCUGGCAUAUCUCCAUGAGAAGAAGCAUGUGCAUGCCAAUUUGAAGCCGAGCAAUGUCCUGUUAGGCUCCGACAUGGAACCAAAGAUUGGAGACUUUGGGCUCGAAAGGCUAAUAACAGGUGGCACGGGUCCUAAACUUGGAGUGUCAGCCCGAAAUUUUGGUAGUAAGAGGUCAACGGCAUCAAGAGAUAGCUACCAAGAUCUAGCAGGACCUAGCCCAAGUUCAAGCCCGAGCUUUUUUGGUGUAUCGCCAUACCACGCCCCGGAAUCACUAAGGAGCCUCAAGCCCAAUCCGAAGUGGGAUGUGUAUGCAUUUGGGGUCAUUUUGCUUGAGCUUCUAACAGGGAAAGUCAUUGUUGUGGAUGAGUUGGGUCAGGGAAAUGGGAUUGUAGUUGAAGACCAAAUCAAGGCAUUGAGGAUGGCUGAUGCGGCAAUUCGUGCUGAACUGGAAGGCAAAGAGGAGGCUUUGCUGGCUUGUUUCAAGUUAGGAUACAAUUGUGCAUCUCCAAUACCACAAAAGAGACCCCCGAUGAAAGAAGCCUUACAAAUUCUUGAGAAAAUCCCUUCUUCAACUUCAUCUUCAUCACAUUAUUAUGGACACUGAUAAACUUUGGACAAAAUUGGAGACUUCCUUUGUAGAGAGAAUUUGUUUUUAAAAAAUUUGUUUCUACAUCACGAGUUGGAUCUUCUUGGUGUGACACUAAUAUUUAUUGCUAAUUGUUAGACCCAAUCCAUCUUUUUUUUAUUAACUUACUAGGAUUAGAAAUUUUGGGUCUAUCGUUGUUUUCUUUAGUUCUUUUGUCUUGUUAUGUUGUGUUAAUAACCCAUUAAAGUAUCUUUGCAAGAUAUUCAGAGGUUUUUUUUUUUUUU